UCCUGGUCUCUUGAGAGAGAGAGAAAGAGAGAGACACAAACACACAGAUAGAGAAAGAGAGAGAGAAGAGGAGGGGACAGGCUGACAGCAAUACAGGAAGAGCAGGGCUGGCAGACGAUGUGCUGCUAACUGAAGUACUAAUGCUCCAGACCAUUUACGAGGCCGACUCUUGUUUCUCCGCAGACGGCAUCGGGAAACACCGGCUGCCUCUGAGCCCUCACGACAUUGACAUGCACAACGUCAACAACUCAGUGGACAUUAAGCCAGAAGUACCACUGGCUCUUGAUCCAGGCUCUCCACUGGAUCUUCGUACAGACGUUAGGAUGCAGGGCUCUGCUUCAGAAGUCACUGUCUGGGAAAGACAACUUCAACAAGAACUGCUCCUCAUUCAGAAACAGCAGCAGAUUCAGAAGCAGUUACUCAUCACUGAGUUCCAGAAGCAGCAUGAAAACCUAGUUCGCCAGCACCAGGCACAAAUACAGGAGCACCUGAAGUUGCAGCAGGAACUUCACGCCAUGAAGCAACAACAGGAGCAGCUGGAGAAAGAACGGAAACUAGAGCUCCAGAGUCAGGAGAGAGAACUGGAGAGACAUCGACGCGAACAACAAGUGCUGGUUCUGCGGAACAGAGAACGGAGCAGAGAUAGCCUGACAGGUGCAGUGGCCAGCAAUGAGGUCAAGCAGAAACUCCAAGAGUUUCUGUUGAGUAAAUCCACCAAAGACGGUACAUUGAAUGGGAUCCCACAGAAAAUCACACAGAGCUCUAAACUCUGGUACACGGCCUCCCAUCACACCUCUCUGGAGCAAAGUUCACCUCCUUUGGGAGGAGCGUCCUCCUCCUGCAAGAUCUCCUUGCCCUCCCCACAGGACUACCGGGACGACUUUCCUCUGAGGAAGACAGUGUCCGAGCCCAAUCUUAAGGUGCGCUCCAGGUUAAAGCAGAAGGUUGCGGAGCGAAGGAGCAGUCCACUUCUCCGGAGGAAAGAGGGCAAUAUCAUGACACCCUUCAAAAAGAGAGCAUUGGAGCUGUUAGAAUCCACCGCCAGCAGCAGUGCUCCAGGAUCAGGGCCCAGUUCACCCAAUGGGGCCUGCAGUGCCUUGGGGGCUGAAAACGGACCCUCUUCACUACCAGUCACCACACGGACUGAGCGGUGGCCGUCACAGUCGAGGUUAUUAGGGCCUGAAAGCUCAGUGUCUAUGCUAAAUCUCUAUACGUCUCCGUCGCUGCCCAAUAUCUCUCUGGGUUUCUCGGCUGCCUCUUCUCCCAUCAGUGCUGCUUUAGGUCUUCAGGAGAAGCAUGUUGAUUGUGGUGGCGUAUCAGCGGUCAUUCAAGGAUUGCCAACCCAGCUUCUGGGUCCAGUUCCAUUGUCUGUUAUGGAGACCAAAGUGAGCAGCAGCCACCAAGCUCUCCUGCAGCACCUCCUCCAGAAGGAGCAACUCCGCCACCAAAAGAUCCUCUCUUCUGGUCAAAGUCCUGUGCAUCCACCCUCUCCACUGGCCAUGAUGGAAAACUCUCCAAGCAGCACCCGACCCAAACUGCCUCGUCACCGGCCCCUGAAUCGCACCCAGUCGGCUCCGCUGCCCCAGAGCACAUUAGCUCAACUUGUGAUUCAGCAGCAACAUCAGAACUUCUUGGAGAAACAGAAACAGUACCAGCAACAGGUCCACAUCAACAAGAUGCUUUCAAAAUCCAUCGAGCAGCUCCGUCAGCCAAACGUCCACCUGCAGGAGUCAGAGGAGGAAGAAGAAGACUGUCAGGAACAGGCCAUGCAGGAGGAGAGCUCGCCCUCUGGUGGCGUCAUACGGAAGCACAGCCCCCAGAACACCUCCGGCUCACCAACCAUCCCACUGGACUUUCACCCCGGCGUCAUCCGGGUCAAAGAGGAGCCCGGCGCCAGCGAUGACGAGACAAUGGCCACUCAGAGCUCCUACAUUCACCAGGUUAAAGGCAGGAUGGUGAUCCAGGCCAUGAUAUGAAGAAACAUAAUACACAGAGCCAUUUGCUUUCAGAGCUUCGGAACUGGUCUCAUUCGUGAACUUGUGAAGUGAUCUUUCUGUAUUGUACGUUGUAUGUUUUGUAUAUAAUUGAAUAAGAAUUUAGCCGACUGAGUCUUUUAAAUGCUAAGAAAACAAAGUCGGAAUAAUAAUUUAAGAAAUCCUUUCUACUUUCUACCGGUCCAUUGAGAAACUGCAACUCUCAAAGCUCUCGUAGGAUCUUUCUGUGAUUUUUCCCCAUGGCACUAUGGAGUUCUUAUCUUUGCUUUAUUAUAAAUGUUAUAAUGAAGAUAUGUUACGGUAUGUAAGAGAUUUAAGAAAAAAAAAAACUUUGUUAAGAAAUUCUCGUGAUUGAUGUCUGGAAGCAAGAACUUUCACACAACAUCCGAAUUAAGGAAUAGUUUGAGUUCAGUACAAAUCCCGCUCAAAUGAC